AUGGCGAUACAAGUGAGUCCGAAUGGAGGUGCCGCAAGUUCGGUGUCUUCGACGGCAGUUAUGGAGGCGCCGGGCGUCCUCGGGAGUCUUCUGCGGCGCUUACCGACAGGCGAGGACUUUCGAGCGCGCAUCGGCGACCUGUGGACGCGUUCUCGACCCUGGAAUGAGUUCUUUAACACAGCCGCUAUGAAUAAGCCCGAGCUGAGUGAGCUUCGUGAACGAGUGUCGCAGAACCUUGCAUAUUACGCGUACAACUAUGCCACGAUCUUCGCUGUGCUUGUUGUGCUUAUGGUGCUCGUGUCACCGCUGAGCAUUCUGGGUGCGCUGGCCAUUUUCGCUCUCUACACGUACCUGUUUGCGCUGAACCCCGAACCGAUCACAGCACUCGGCGACCGCGUGGUUUUAGAUAGUCGCGGGAAAAGUGUCGUUGUUUUGGUCUUCUCUUUGGUUAUUCUGUGGUUAACAGGCGCGGGUGCGACGUUCAGUACGCUCUUGUUCGUUGUCGCAACGAUCGCGAUAGCCCACGCUGCAAUCCGGAAACCUCCUGGAGAAGCGGACUUUGAAAGCGGUAUCCCUGGGGCUUAA